AGGGCAGGUUUGCUCAAGUCCUUGUGACUACCACUUAACGCAUUCGAACCAAACUAGUCCAAUAUCGAACAUUGUAGCCAUGGUGCCGCGCUGCUACCUCUUGGCGUGGCUGAUGGCUGCAAGUGUGCUGGGUCGUCAUGACGAUGCACCCGGAUUGUCGCUUUCGGCUGAAUUGUCAGAAGUGAGGAAGCCUGCAUAUGACCCCGCAGAUGUGGAUGCGACGCAGGUUGCCACGCAGGCUGCGCUUGGAGCAAGAUCAGUGGUGCUGUUUCAGCUAGCGACCGCUUCUGUAAAAGCCGUCCCGACCAAUUCCACGCAGAUGAAGCGGAUUAAUGGCACUAGCGUCUCAGGGCCAGCCUUCCCUCACAAGGCCAGCCUGCUCGGGCUCGCGACAGAACUUUCUGGAAAGCUUGCCACAGCUCUAGGGGUGACUGACAUUGUUAGUCUGUGCGUCCUCGGCUUGGUGGUCCUACUUGCGCUGUACUUUGUGUGGGGUGGCAAUUGGAACUCGCUGCAGGAAGAUCCAUACGGGGAGCUGAGGAGUACGGGAGAGCGAGCGGGCCGAGAAGCCAAAGACAAGCUUGCCGACUGGCAAGCGCAACGGGCGGCAACUUCACCUGGCGGUCAGGAUCCCUUCGCAACGCAGCCAGCGGAGGGAGGAUUUCGUAGGUCCAUGAACUCUUGCUGCUGAUUUGUGCCAGGCGCGCAAGAUGGA